AGGAGAAAUUGAAUGUCAAAAGAAUAAAAGACAGCUAAUGAAAUGAAAUGAAAGCAAAGCAAAGGAAGUAUUCGUCGGUACCUCCUGGCACACGUGGAACAGGGCCUUUUUCAUUUCCUUGACUUUUCCCCUUUCUGUUUUACUACCCUUUCUCCUCCUCUUCGCCACCAUGAGCUGCAUGAGCCGUCGUAAGAAGGACCCUAAAAAGUCCAUGUUGUCCCCAGAUGAUGUCCAAGCUGCUGCUCGGUCCAUGACCGAUCCCAUGGGCAAGCCAACUGCCGCAUCUAGCAUGCGCACCGCUAAAACAUCUCCCAAUCUUCUCGAUCCGAACUCUGCCGCGGGCCAAAAUGGCAUUUCGGCAAGAAGGGAAUCCACCACUAGACCAGGACGAACUCCAUCUCCCAGUCGAUUGUCUGUAGAAGGUCGGACCGUGAAAAAGUCUCCAUCGCAAACUUCGCUGCGUACGCCUGCCGAGCCUCGUGGUAGAGUUCCUGACCCUCAUAAGCGUUCACCGAGCGUGGCUUCCAAUCGGUCGGCUAGCAGUACCCGUACCGCCAAUAAUUCCCCUGCGUCCACUCGCAAAUCCCCAGUUGCUCAAAUGCGUGAAGACUUUGACGCCUUGAAGCACAAGAAUGAUGAAAACUUGGAGCUGAUUGCACAGCAAAAUGCAGAGCUGGAGCAGCUCCGUCAAAAAUUGCAGGUACAAGCUUCCGAAUCCACUCCUUCUGCUGCCCCAGCCGAAGACAUUGUUCAGAACGAAGUAGUUCAAAAGCUGUUGUCUGAAAAAGAAGAACUUCUCAGAGGAAAGGAGAUGGAACUGGAGCAGCUCCGCCAACAUAUGGACCAAUUAGAGCUUGCUCAGAAGGAGGUACCAAGUAUUGUGGUCAAUGAUGGGCAAGGCGAUGUCCCAACACACGAUGAGGAGAUUCAAAAAUUGUUAUCUGAGAAGGAACAGCUUUUGGCAUCGAAGGAACAGCUUUUGGCAUCGAAGGAAAGAGAGCUUGAGGAGAUGCGGCACAAAUAUGAGAUAGAGAUUGCGGAAGCUGCGAAGCCAGCACUUGCCGAAGUUCAGGAACAAUUGGAGCUUUUGAAAUCUCAGAAUACUGAAGCUGCCUCUCGCCUGCUUGAAAAAGAAAGCGAACUCAAUGAGCUUCGUGAAGAGCUUGAAAAGUCCCGCCAUACCAACAAGGCAGAUGAAGAGCAGGAGAAACGUCUGCGUCGACUCACUGUGGACUUGGAAAAUGAGAAGCUGACCAUGAAGAAAUUGGAGGAAUUAAAUGCUCAGCUUGAGGCUCAAAAGGUGGCUCACGAGGAGACCCUAAGGUCGCAUUCCGAGACCUUGGCUCAGAAGGAUAAACUUCUGGAACAGCACGCUCAAGCUCUCCAGGAGCUGCAAGCUCAGCAUGAAGCCGCGUUUGGUGAUCUGCAGAAGAAGCAAGAGGAACAAGCUUACAACAUAAAGGAUCAGCAUACCAAUGAGAUGCGCGAAUUGAAGGAACGUUUGACUAAGGCAGAGCUCGGCCGUAACGCAACAGUGGAUGAUGAGCUUGAGCGGUUAUUACAUGAGUUUGAGGAAGCAGAGCAUGCUCACACUGUGGAAUUAGCCAACCUGGAGCAAUCGCAUCAUAGCCAAUUGUCCAACCUUCGAGAGUCACAACAAGCACAGCUCCAGGGUCUUAAAAACUCCCAAUUCCCUAAGAAUUCUAAUUGGCGCUUAAUGCCUACCGAUGCUGUCUCCUGGCCUGCCCCGCAACCUCUUUCCAUAUUGAGAAAGACGGGUGGCCCAAGACAACGUGAACGUAAGGUUGUUGCUGAUGACGAUGGUCCUGAUGUUUACCCACAAGAUCCCAAAAAGGUCCAAGUUUACAUAUCUAGCGUCAGUGGUAACGUGAAUAUCAAGAAGAACCAAGAAGAAAUCAUCCAGCUUCUGUCUACCAAUGAAGUCAAGUACGAGUUGAUCGAUGUGGCUAGUAGUGAGAAAGCGUUACAACACAUGAAGCGACAAAAUGGAACUUCUGAUGGCCGAGCCAAGGAGGUCCCCCAAGUCUUUGUGGGUGGCGAAUACCGUGGGCAAUACAAGGAUUUGCUGGUGGCCAUUGAGGAAGGCUCACUCAGUACCUUUUUGCGAGCCGCAUCUGAAGAUCGAUCGGCUCUUUUCUCUAGUAAAAGCACAGAGUUAAAGAGCUCUACAAAGCCAUCUCAAAAACCCACUACCAACUGGAAGCUUGGUAUGGAUGAAGACGAAGCUCUUUUAGAAGAAUUAGAGCAGGAACUUCGAGAUGGUAGAGUUCAUGGCAACGAACUUGACCAACUUUAGUUCACUGCCCCUCUCCCGAAGCUUCGAUAGAUCCCCCUCCCCGUUCGUACCCCUUUUGUAUUCUGUAUCAUUACUAUAAUGUACUACUGUAGCCAGCCAGUUAGUGUUUGACAACAACAACCACGUUGAGAUUUCUUUCUUUUAUAAACCAUCAUUACUAUAGUCUAAGUCUUUAAAGCUUGCUCUUAUCACUACCCACGACACCGAUCAAGAAAGGCUUUGCAACUGACUCGAGAACAGCAUCAUUGUGGAAGCUCUUGAACUGUGCCGUAGCAUCCUUGCCAGAGCUCUUGAGGAGGAUCUUCUUACCGCCUUUUAUAAAAAUCUAUUAGUUUCCAGACGAGUUUGUUCGCUACAUUCCGAACGAAUCCAAAGUCU